AUGCCGUUAGUAAAGCGCACCAUUGAGCCCAGGCACCUGUGCCACACAGUGCUGCCAAGGACCAUCAAGAAUGAGCUGGAGUGUGUGACUAACAUCUCCUUGGCCAACGUCAUCCGCCAGCUCAGCAGCCUCAGUAAAUAUGCAGAAGACCUGUUUGGAGAGCUGUUCAAUGAGGCCCACACCUUCUCUUUCCGGGUCAACUCCCUGCAGGAGCGCGUGGACCGCCUCUCUAUCAGCGUCACACAGCUGGACCCCAAAGAGGAGGAAUUGUCUCUUCAGGACAUCACCAUGAGGAAGGCUUUCAGGAGCUCCACUAUUCAGGACCAGCAGCUGUUUGACCGCAAGUCGCUGCCCAUCCCACUGCAGGAGACCUUCCAGGCCUGCGAGCAGCCGCCGCCUCUCAACAUCCUCUCCCCCUACAGGGACGAUGGGAAGGAAGGUCUGAAGUUCUACACCAAUCCUUCAUACUUUUUUGACCUGUGGAGAGAGAAAAUGCUGCAGGACACAGAAGACAAGCGGAAGGAGAGGCGGAAACAGAAGCUGAAGGCAAUAGACCGUCCGCAGGAGCCGGAGAAGAUACCUCGGGCACCACACGAUCGUAAAAAGGAGUGGCAGAAACUGGCACUGGGUGCAGAGCUGGCACAGGACAUACCCGACGACAAACACAGAGAGGCCAACGGCUCCGCAGGUUACCACGACAACAGGGCUCCCUUAUACAUGGAGCAAAUGGACGGACCCUUCUCGCUGGCGGCGCUGCCCUACACCCAGAUGAACGAGCUGCUGAACCGCACCGGGGACAGAAUGUAUUCGCGGCCCCACGACCCUCCGCCACCUCCACCUCCCAUGCACUCCCUGGGAGAGAUCAAGCCACCUUCUGUGAUCAGCUCCAGUUCAGGUUUUUCCGACAGCAGACCUCAGUCUCCAGCCCGGACAGCAGGUCUCAACUCCACUCCUCCUCCUCCGCCUCCACCACUUCCCCCUCCACCUCCUCCCUUACCCUCCUCGGGCAUGCGGGGUACACCUCCUCCCCCCAUUCCCCCUCUACCACUCCAGCAGCACCCCCCGGCCAUCCCGCCUCCCCCGGCCCCUCUCCAGAUCGCCCCAGGGGUGCUCCACCCGGCCCCUCCGCCCGUGGCGCCUCCUCUCCACUCCUCCUCCCCGGCCCGUCUCCAGCAGGUCCUGGACAAGGGCCCACUCAUGGGCUCUGCGACCCAUUCAGACGGCACCAUCCUUCCACCUCCCCCACCGCCUCCUCCUCUUCCUCUCCCAGGGGCACGGAGCUCCUCGCCCUGUCUGUCAGGCCCGCCACCUUUGCCUGCCUUCCCCUCAGCAGGAGCCAUGGCCUCCCCACCAACCCACGCCACCCUCCACGAUGUGGGGAGCAAGAGGCACCAUCCCACCAAUCUGCCACCCAUCAGCGACGCUCGCAGUGUGCUGUUGGAGGCUAUCCGAAAAGGCAUCCAGCUGCGGAAAGUGGAGGAGCAGCGAGAGCAAGAGGCUAAACACGAGCGAGUCGGCAACGACGUGGCCACCAUCCUGUCACGCCGCAUCGCCGUGGAGUACUCCGACUCCGAGGACGAGUCAGAGUUUGACGAAGGAGACUGGAUGGAGUGAUGGCAGUCACGGGGGAAGAGAAAGCAGAGCUGGCGGCAGAGGACAGACAUGUUCAGGCCCCCCCGCCCCCCAAAACACACUUCUCCUCGCCAUCAAAAAAUCCUCUCUACCCCGGAAAGAAGAGAAACAUUGUUGUUGCCCACUCCUCUGUCGAGCUUUUUUAUCUCGUCAUAUCUCUGUUUCGUUUGGUUUGAAUCUCCACGUCACCCAUCGUCGGUCUUUCUAGUGUUCCAAAAGACGCUUUUACAUUCAUUCUUUUCUGCAUUACCACACAACCUUGUUUCUGCUGGAUUUCCUGUGAAGAAAUCCUCCAUGUUUACUAUUGUUAUUCAUGAAAAUAACUCUUUUGAAGAACCACUUGUUUUUGUUUCUUAUCUGUAUGUCAGUGUUUAAAAAAAACAAAAAAACAAAAGAAAAUAGAAAAGGAA